AUGGUUCUCAAACAUGAGCCCAUAGCCGUGGUUGGAAUGGCAAUCAAAGUCGCUGGAGCUGAUGACGUGCAAGAGUUUUCGCAGAUGCUACGCACCGGAAAGUCACAGCAUGAGUUGAUUGGGCCGGACCGUCUCAUGAUGGACACGCUGUUUCGCGAGGAAGAAAAGGAUACGUCGCGAAAUUGGUAUGGAAAUUUCAUCAGAGACGUUGACGCCUUCGACCACAAGUUCUUCAAGCGCAGUCCGAGGGAGUCAACCACCAUGGACCCCCAGCAGCGCCUGUUUCUACAGGCCGCUUACCAGGCUGUCGAGCAGUCGGGUUAUUUCACCGAGAACGAUAACGGCGGCGAUAGGGAUAAGAGGCAUGUCGGUGUCUACGUCGGAGCUUGUGCUGCUGACUACGAGCAUCAUGUCGCAUGCCACUCUGCCAACGCCUUCACGGCCACCGGAAACCUGAAAAGCUUUGUUCCGGGAAAGGUAUCUCACUAUUUUGGAUGGACAGGCCCAUCCAUGACAUUCGACACAGCUUGCUCAGCUUCCGCCGUUGCCAUCCAUACAGCCUGCCAGAAUCUGAUUUCGGGCGAAUGUUCGGCUGCCCUAGCUGGCGGUAUAGCUACCAUGUCCAACUUUCUCUGGUUCCAAAACCUCGCUGGAGCCAGCUUUCUCAGCCCAAGUGGCCAGUGCAAGCCCUUUGACGAUGCAGCAGAUGGGUACUGCCGUGCAGAGGGCAUCGCCUGCGUCUUCCUAAAGAGGCUGAGCGAUGCUCUGAAAGAUGGGAAUCCUGUUCUUGGAUGCAUUUCAAGCACAGCUGUGUACCAGAAUCAGAACUGCACCCCUUUGUUUGUGCCAAACUCUCCCUCUCUCUCCCAGCUUUUUGGAGACGUUAUCGCCAAAGCAGGCCUCAAACCGCGCGACAUCUCCCUCGUCGAGGCCCACGGAACAGGCACACCGGUUGGCGAUCCUGCUGAAUAUGAAAGUAUUCGCCUUGCCAUUGGUGGAUCGAACCGCGACACAACACUGCCCGUUGGUUCUGUCAAAGGACACAUUGGCCAUACCGAGGGUGCAUCAGGAGUAGUAUCGCUGAUCAAAGUCAUCGUCAUGAUGCAGGAGAAGUACAUUCCUCCCCAGGCAAGCUUCUCCAAGAUGAGCUCUCACAUCAAGGUGACACCUUUCGACAUGAUGGAAGUCGUCACUAGCUUGCAACAUUGGAGCGGGGACCAAAGGGCUGCCCUCAUCAACAAUUAUGGUGCCAGUGGUUCCAACGCUUCCAUGGUAGUGACACAAACACCAGCAGCUCAGCUUGUUGAAAAUCCAGCCUUGUCAUCCAAACCUGUUCCCUUUCGUGUUUCUGGUCAUGAUGGCCGCUCUAUCAAAGCAUUCUGCGCCAAGCUGCUAUCAACAAUCGAGCAGGAUGCGUGUUCUGACGUCAGAAACCUGGCAUACAACAUCAACCGGCAGUUCAACCCUGAUCUGAAGCGUCGUCUCAUCUUUAGCUGCCGGUCGAGGGAUGAUCUUGUAUCAAAUCUUGCCGGUAUUGCAUCCAUGGCAGACGAUUCGCAAGCAGGAAUAGAGAUUCCCAGCGUACAACGUCCCGUCAUACUCUGCUUCGGAGGCCAGAUAUCUACCUACGUAGGUCUUGAUCGAAAUGUCUACGAUGGAAUUUCCAUCUUACGCUAUCACCUCGAUCAAUGUGACGCCCGUAUGCAGUCACAAGGUUUCGGCAGCAUUUACCCGGGAAUAUUCCUCCGUACUCCCCAAGAUACAGUCCAGCUUCAGCUGAUGCUUUUUGCUUUGCAAUAUUCUUGCGCCAUGGCCUGGCUCGACUCUGGUCUUUCUUCAAAGGUCGUCGCCUUGACGGGACACAGCUUCGGCGAGAUAACAGCCCUUUGUGUCUCUGGCGCCUUUUCUUUGGACGACGCCGUCAAACUCGUGGGAAGCCGUGCCUUGGCGGUGAGAGAUCAUUGGGCCGUUGACCACGGAGCUAUGAUGGCAGUCGAGUCUGAGGAGGCCCAUGUACUUGAGCUUCUGGCUGAGGCAAAUGAGUCAGAUGACGUGGCCGAAAUAGCGUGCCAUAACGGGCCUCGCAGCUUCACGCUUGCCGGGCCUACCAGAUCAAUCGAGAGGGUCGCUGAGGUGAUAUCAAAAGACGCGAGAUUCCAGUCCAUCAAGUUCAAAUGGCUCAACGUGACAAACGCUUUCCACUCGAGCCUGGUUGAUCAACUUACCCCGGAGCUAGAAGGCAUUGGUAGAGGACUGGAGUUCAAGGAACCUUGCAUACCACUUGAACGAGCAACUCGUACCAGGAUAGACCCUAAGCUCGAUUACAAGUUCGUUUCCGAGCAUAUGAGAAAUCCAGUGUAUUUUAACCAUGCUAUACAACGGCUUGCGAACGAUCACCCCUCGGCUGUCUUUAUCGAGGCUGGAUCUACCUCUGGUAUCACCAUGAUGGCGAGCCGUGCCUUGGCAGGACGCAAAAGCUUCAGUUCACAGUACUUCCAGGCGAUUAAUCUUACCAACGACAGGGCAUUGGACAAUCUCACAGACGCCACCUUGUCCUUGUGGAAUCAGGGGCUGUCUUUUGCUUUCUGGGGUCACCACCCAUCGCAGAGCAGCGAAUACACCACGAUGAUCCUGCCACCCUACCAGUUUGAAAGGUCUAAGCACUGGCUUGAACUCAAAUCCCCUCUGCAAGCUGUGAAUGCUGCUGCUGCUGCUGCUGCUGCUGCACUCGGGCCUCCGGGAUUCACUGCCCAAGGCAAUGAAACAGCACAGGCGCAAACAGACGGUCUGUGGAGUUUGGUUUCCGACCACGCAGAUAGCCCCGUGUUCCGUAUCAACACAAGCUCAGAUAAGUACAGAAGCUUCAUCUCGGGCCAUCUGAUUGCCCAAACCGCCCCAAUCUGUCCUGCAACUCUCAUGGUUGAUAUGGCCAUCGAAGCGCUGUUCAGCAUCAAUUCGCAUUGGAGAGAAAACGGCUUUCUCCCUGUUAUUCACCACAUGGUCAACCACUCGCCACUCUGUGUCAACUCUUCACUUACUACCUAUCUCAAGUUUGAGCCGCUAGGUGAUCAAGGUGCCCACUGGAAGUGGAGGAUCUAUAGUCAUUCGUCACAAUCAGACGAGAAUCAUGCGGAGACGCAUGUCGAAGCUGAGAUUCAUGUUCGAGAUCCUCUCGAUAGAGGCUAUCAAUCGGAGUUCUCACGCUUCGAUCGACUAGUGACGCACACCAACUGCACCAAGAUGCUUCAGCUCGGCUUGGGCGCGCAUCAAGCUGCCCGGGUUGACGUUCUGACAGGCCGCAACAUAUACCGCACGUUUUCUGAUGUUGUCGACUACGGUGACUUGUAUCGUGGCGUCACAGCUCUCGUCGGCACUUCGACUGAGUGCACAGGGCACAUUGUCAAGAAACCCUCUGGAAACACCUGGCUUGACGUACCUCUCAGCGACUCCUUUAGUCAGGUCGGCGGCAUCUGGGUGAAUUGCAUGACCGACUGCGAUCCAGCUGAUAUGUUUAUCGCCACGGGUUGUGAGUUGUCUAUGCGGUCCCCGUUUGUCGAGCAAGAUUCCGACCAGAUCCAGGAGAGCUGGCAUGUAUUCGGUCGCCAUACUCGCCAGUCCGAGAAGCUCUGGGUAUCAGACUUGUUUAUCUUUAAUCCCUCAACUGGCCUACUGCGUGAGGUGAUGCUGGGUAUCCAGUAUGCGCGUGUCGCAAAGGCUUCGAUGCGUCGUAUGUUGACGAGGCUGACUACUGAUCCGUCAGCUCUCAAAUCGAAGCCACCAACGGAAAUUGUCUCCAAGCCCACUGAGCCUGUACUCACUCCGCCCAUGUCCCCUGGACAUACUGCUCAGGACAGAGGGACUUCCAAACCAGAGGGGGCACCAAUCAAGCCCAGAGCCGCCAGCCAUCCAGAUAUCACGGAGGACGUCAAGAAGCUUGUGGCACAUGUGGCAGGAAUAGAGGCUGGCGAUAUCACACUUGAUGCCGAGAUGGCGGAUUUUGGUAUCGACUCGCUUAUGGGUAUGGAAGUUGCUCGUGAGGUUCAGGUCGUUUUCAAGUGCACCUUGGAUCAGAAUGAGUUGAUGGAGGCAACAAGUCUCCGCAAGUUUGUCGUCUGCAUAUCGAAAGCGCUCUAUGGCCCCGAAUACGAUGGCACCUCAGCUUCCAGCAGCGAUGAUAACAGCGAGUCAUCUGGUAGUUCGUCUGCUUCGAGCAAGGCGUCAAGCUUGACUACGCCCACAGACCUCGACCUGGCGCAGACUCCACCAAAACCUUCAUCGUCUGUGGAUUCGAGGCCGGUAUCAAGCAAUCUGCAGCUAUCCGAGUCUGAUGUACUGGCAUCAUUCGCUCAGGUGAAACUUCUCUCCGAUGAGCACCUUGUACACUUUAAAGUCGACAACAUCGACCGUGAGGUCUUGGCUGGCUCCAGUCGUCUUUGUGUCGCCCUUGUCGUCGAGGCUUUUGAGCAACUGGGUGUCUCUCUGACGAGUGCAGGUCCAGGACGAGUCCUCGAAUCCAUACAGUUCCCGCCAGCUCACAAAAGACUAGUGGACUUCAUCUAUAGAUUCCUUUGCGAUGAUGCCCGCCUUAUCGAUAUCAACGAUGCAACCGGACAGAUCACGCGUACACAGGUUCCCACUCCUCGUAAGACAAGUUCGCAGAUACUUGACGAGCAGCUGGCGAGGUAUCCCGAGUUUGUAGUGGCCAACAGACUCACCUACUAUGCAGGAACCCACUUGGCCGAUGUUCUCAAGGGAGAGACAGACGGCCUUCGUCUCAUCUUUGGAAGUAUCGAGGGUCGUGAUCUAGUACAAGCACUGUACUGCGACCACACUUUCAACCGGAUGAAUUACAACCACAUGAAGCUUGUCAUUGAAAAUCUGGUGGAUAGACUUGGAGACAGUCAGCCCGGCGAGACGAUGAAGAUCCUCGAAGUAGGUGCUGGAACUGGAGGGACAACCCACGUCUUGGCUCCAAUGCUAGCAAAGCUCGGAAUCCCCGUUGAGUACACAUUCACAGAUAUAUCUGGAUCUAUGGUUGCAAGCGCCAGACGCAGGUUUGGCAAAUCAUAUCCAUUCAUGAGAUUUGCAGUUCACGACAUCGAAACGCCGCCAACUGAAGAUCUGAAGGGUCAACAUAUCAUCAUUGGUAGCAACGCCGUGCAUGCAACCAGGAAUCUGGUGACUUCUGCUUCUAAUCUAAGAAGUGCACUGCGUGCCGAUGGCUUUCUGAUGAUCUUGGAGAUGACCGAAUCUGUACCCUUCGUCGACAUCAUCUUCGGUCUCCUCGAGGGCUGGUGGCUGUUCGACGAUGGCCGCAAGCAUGCCAUUAUUACCGCUGAGGAAUGGGAGCGUAAUCUUCACAACGCUGGUUACGGCCAUGUUGACUGGACUGAUGGAUCAUUGCCUGAGAACACUUUCCAGAAGGUCAUCAUCGCUCUCGCGUCAGGAAAGCCCCGGGAUAGGCUACCCAAAUCAACCCUGCGCAAGGCAGCAGUUGAGGAGUCGACGAGCGAAGAGCGGCAAAGGCAGAGAGAGCUGGAAAUUGAACGCUAUGUUGCCAAGUACUCGGCUGACUUUGAGGUACACAACGAGGUUCAAGACGCCCGCCCGAUCACCAGGACCCAGAGCAGGAGGGCAAUUGUUCUUUUGACUGGCGCUACCGGCAGUCUUGGCUCUCACCUGGCCGCCACUCUUGCGAGCAACGACGACGUGGAAGCAGUUGUCUGUAUCAACCGCCGGAGUAGGGCACCCGUUGAUGAACGACAGGUCGAGGCUUUCAGGUCUCGCGGCAUUACAAUCACUUCUGCCCAGCGCUCCAAGAUGCGUAUUCUUGAGGCAGAUGCCUCGAGCUCUAACCUGGGCCUCUCCGAGUCCGACUAUCAAUGGCUGGUGCGGAAUGGGACGCACAUUAUACACAACGCUUGGCCAAUGAGUGGAACUCGUCCUGUCAAGGCAUUCGAACCCCAGUUCCAGGCUCUCCGUAACCUCUUGGACCUUGCACGGGACAUGUCUCGUCGCAAGGAUGCUCCUCGUAUCACGUUCCAGCUCGUGUCUUCCAUAGGUGUUGUCGGUCACUUCGACUCUCCCCGCGUUCCAGAGGAGCGUGUUUCCCUAAGAUCUGUGCUUCACAUCGGAUACUGUGAAGCUAAAUGGGCAUGCGAGCGUAUCCUCGAUCAGACACUACACAAGAAUCCAGAUGUCUUUGAUGCCAUGGUUGUGCGUCCUGGACAGAUCGCUGGUUCAAGCAAAAGCGGCUUUUGGAAUCCCAUAGAACACUUCGCAUUUCUCGUCAAGUCGGCCCAAUCUCUCCGUGCAUGGCCCGAUUUCGAUGGCGUUGUGCAAUGGGUCCCAGUGGACAAUGUGGCUCAGAGCAUGGUUGAUCUCCUCCACCUGGGAGAUGUCAAUCGCCCUAAACCGCAUCCCGUCUACCAUAUCGAUAACCCAGUUGGGCAACCCUGGAAGGUCAUGUCACAGGCAUUGGCGGCUUCUCUGGACAUUCCGCCUCGGCGCAUAAUCCCUUUCAGCCGGUGGGUGAAGCUGGUUCGUAACUCGCCACUUCCAGCCGAUACCUGGAACCCGGCUGCACGACUCAUUGAUUUCUUAGAUUCCAACUUCGAGCGCAUGUCUUGCGGCGGGUUGAUUCUCGACACUGUGAAGGCACAGAAGCACUCUAGUACUCUGUCAGUACAAGGCCCUGUCACUACAGAAAUCGCUGUGAAAUAUAUAAAAUACUGGAAGGAGAGUGGUUUCUUAGCUUAG